AUGGUUACCUGGAAGCCAGCAAAGCAGCGCCGGCAGGGCCACGGGAGCCCCACGCCAGCCACGCCGGCAAAGGCACGCUGUGAACGUCAGACCGGCGGGACUGCGAGCUGCCCCCAAACCGGAAGCUGCCACCGCUGCUGCUGCUGGGACACUUUCAACAGGACCCGGAGUCUCCGACAGAAGAGGCAGAGUGACCGGGGAGCAGCCGGAGGUCACCCGGCACAGGGGACACCAGGAGCAUCACAGCCUGAGGGAGAAGACGACGAGAGGGCGCCCCACGGACAUUCGCGGGACGGCGGACAUUCCCGCUACCGCAGCACCAACCACACCUCCUCGGGCAAAGGAAACUGCUCUGAUGACAGGUCCCUGAGCACAAGGCCACCCGCUCACCGGACACACGGCAGUCCCGACGGACGUGCCACACAGCGCGGCUGCAAAACGCCCCCAGCGAAGGCUGACAGGCCUGAAAGGGGGACGGACAGACAGACACCCCAAGCUCCGAGCCGGGGGCUUGCACCUGCCCCGAGUGGCCGAGGGAUGCGGGAGGCCGGGGGCGAGGUGCUGCUGGACGCCCACCUCAUCCGGACCAUUCCAGAUCCUCCACCGACAGGCAGCAAGAAUGUCCACCCCACCCCGCCUGGCUUCAAGGCCACUCCUCAGAGUUUCAACAGACACCCCCACGUCCGGGAACCAGAGCCCCGUGGCCCGGAACCUGCAAUCUCUCUGCAGGGUGGGCUCUUUCCUGGCACAGUGACAUGCAGUGACAUGUGGCCUUUCCAGGAAAGAGAGCAGAGCCCUGGGCCUCCACCCGAGCUGCUGCUGCUGCCUUCCCGGGAGCUCAGCGCCACCACAGCCGCAGCCAUGAAGUGCAUCCCGCUCGUCCUGGGCCUGGCCCUCGUGUGUGGCAUCCAGGCCGCCACCGUCCCCCUGACCAUGGACGGCCUAGACCUGCAGAAG